UAGGCACAGCGAAGUUAUACCAGAGAGGACAUGAAAUUUCAUCUUAUACCCAAUAGGUCUGCACUCUCGGGUUUCCGGCCAAUAUACCGGAGUAUGUGAGCUUACCUACAAUUAUUCUUAGGUAUACCUGGUACUAGGGGAUCAAGUGAUCAAGGAAGCAAACUCGUAUGGUUCUGAUACCAAUAAGGGAAAAAAUCCAUUCUUUAUAUAUAAAUGUAAAUUUUGAGCACUUCAAUUAAUCUUCACCUUCAUUGAAGACAGAAUCACUCAGCAAAUUUUCCUAUUGCUUCUUCGUCGUCUUGCCCAAUUUGGAACCACUUUUCUUGUUGGAUAGUGAUGCCCGCUCCGCAUCUUCUUCUUCACUUUCUUCUCUGGAGAGCUUUCCGGAGGCUUCUACAUUUCUGUUAAGAGCUUCUGCCCUACUCCCUGAGGCUGCUGCUGCUUCUAUUUUAAGGAUUCAAGAGAUUUUUUUAUCAUUGCGUAACGUGUAAUGACCCCUAUAAGAUUUUAACUGCCUUAAAUUAUAAUUUGCUUAUCUGUAUUUCUUUUUUUCAAAGAUACUUGAACUCUGUAUAUAUCAUUUGUAAUUGUAAUUGUUUCUCUCAACCCAGAGGCUCACUCUGUCUUUCGAUUGUUCUGGCGCCGGCUCUCAACUUCACCACUUUUUAUGUAACGUUUCACGCAAGAUCCCUUCACUUGUUUUCAAAAUGGUCCUGCUUCUGAUUCUAUUGCUAUCGUUUUGUUUUCAUUUUCAGAUCGGAACCUGAAUAAACAAUGUCGAAAGUUGGUGCGUUGAAUCUGGCUUCCGGUCUCGGUGGAACCAUUGACAAAACCCAAGUUUUCUCUGCCGUCGAAAAGUAUGAGAAGUAUCAUGUCUUUUAUGGAGGUGAAGAGGAAGAGAGAAAAGCCAACUACACUGACAUGGUGAAUAAAUAUUAUGAUCUUGUAACCAGCUUUUAUGAGUUUGGGUGGGGGGAGUCUUUCCAUUUUGCACCGAGAUGGAAAGGAGAAUCUUUUCAGGAGAGUAUCAAGAGAAGCCAGCACUUCCUGGCUUUACAACUUGCCCUGAAACCUGGACAGAAGGUUUUGGAUAUAGGUUGUGGAAUUGGUGGACCAUUGAGAGAAAUUGCUCGAUUCAGCUCAACAUCAAUCACAGGGUUGAACAACAAUGAAUAUCAGAUAACAAGAGGAAAGGAACUGAACCGUGUUGCAGAAGUGGGCAAUACCUGCAACUUUGUAAAGGCUGACUUCAUGAAAAUGCCAUUUCCUGACGAUAGUUUUGAUGCAGUAUAUGCAAUUCAAGCUACCUGUCACGCUCCUGAUGCAUAUGGGUGCUACAAAGAGAUUUACAGAGUCUUAAAGCCUGGCCAAUGUUUCGCGGCAUUUGAAUGGUGCAUCACUGAUUCUUUUGAUCCUCAAAAUCAAGAACAUCAGAAAAUUAAGGCAGAAAUUGAGAUUGGUGAUGGCCUUCCAGACAUCAGGUCGACUAGACAAUGCCUUGAAGCUCUGAAACAAGCAGGUUUUGAGGUGUUGUGGGAGAAAGAUUUUGCUGCUGAUUCACCUCUCCCCUGGUACUUGCCUUUGGAUCCAAGUCAUUUCUCGCUAAGCAACUUCCACUCAACUGCUGUUGGCCGUUUCUUCACCAGGAACCUGGUUAAAGCCCUUGAAUUUGUGGGACUAGCCCCAAAGGGAAGUCAAAAGGUUCAAGAUUUUCUUGAGAAAGCUGCAGAAGGGUUGGUUGCCGGUGGAAAGAAAGAGAUUUUCACACCAAUCUAUUUCUUCCUAGCUCGGAAACCCCAUUCUUAGAAUGACCUGUAAUCUGCUAGCAAACUGUUAUUGAUUUAAAACACUAUGAAUUGUAGAAAUAAUGUAUUGAUUGAUGAUACGGGUGAUUUAAAACAUUAUGGAUUGUAAGAAUAAUGAUACGAGUGACAUAAUAUCCUUGUCCGACAAUGUUCCUCAUGUUUGUGAGUUAUUUGUACGAAUGAACGAGAAUUGUGGUAUUGAUUCAACACACAAUGGAA